AUGGGGCGCCAGGUGCGAUGGGCACGGCUUCCGCUGCCUUUCAAUGUCUUUCGGAGAAUUCGAGUUGUAACAUUGCCAGCCCUUUUUUUCUCAGAAUCCACCUGGGCAGGGUAUAUUACCUGGCACCUGCGUUCUCCAUCUCCGAUCGGAGGUGACAUCAUGCUGCGCAAACUUCCCCGCCUGAGUCUCCUGUUGGCGUUGGGCAUCGUCGGUGCCUCUUGUUCCAUUGUGGUCCCGACUCUGGACGGCUGCUGGAUUAAUGAACUGAAUUCGACGGUGACCAUUACGGUGGACAAGAACAGGACCCUGACAGGCACCUACAAAUCCGCAGUGUCCACAAAUGGGACAUGGGCUGAAGGGGAUCUAAUCGGAUUCCAGGUCGAUAUCGAGCAGCCGAACUUUGGGUUUGUGGUAAAGUGGACCUCAAAAUCGGUCUGGGGGAGUGUCACAGUGUGGACCGGACAGAUGUUUGGAAAAGAUACUUUGAUGACCAUGUGGUUACUCCGAUCAAGUGUCUCCGUCGGCAGCAACUGGGGGGCGACCCGAUAA